ACGGUGUAGAUGGACCAAAUCCCAUUCCAGUUUCUCAUCUCAAUCGUCUCCUCUCUCCCCAUUUCUCCACCCUUCGAUCUCCCAAUUCACUCUCCUUCUCUCCCUCCCAAAUACAAAUACUCCCUCUUCUCCCUAUCCCGGGUUUUGGAGGUAUGGCGGAUGCUGGCAUGCAGGGAGUGCUACCGGGGAGCCCUGACGGCGGCAGCCAUGAAAGUGGUGGGGACCUCAGCCCUAGAUCGAAUGUUAGGGAGCAGGAUAGAUUCCUGCCGAUCGCGAAUAUCAGUCGGAUCAUGAAGAAGGCGCUACCAGCUAAUGGAAAGAUCGCUAAGGAAGCUAAAGAGACCGUUCAGGAAUGCGUCUCUGAGUUUAUUAGCUUCAUCACCAGCGAGGCAAGUGACAAAUGCAAGAGAGAGAAAAGAAAGACAAUUAAUGGGGAUGACUUAUUAUGGGCUAUGGUGAUUUUGGGGUUUGAAGAUUACAUUGAUCCACUUAAGGUGUACCUAGCUAGGUACCGAGAGAUGGAGGGUGACACCAAGGCAUCAGCGAAGGGUGCAGAUGGAUCUUCUAGAAAUGAGUCAGUACAACCUAGUACUAGUUCACAGCUUGCUCAUCAGGGUUCAUUUUCACAAGCCAUUAAUUAUGGAAACUCUCAGUCACAACCUCAGCAUAUGAUGGUCCCAAUGAGAGGCACGGACUAGACUUCGCUCAUCUCUGAAUCAAUAUUGUUAUUUUCGUCCUGCUUGAGGAGAUCAUCACAGUUUCAUAAUGCAUUUUAUAUUAUUAAUUAUUAUUAUGCUUUAAGUGUGUUAUUUUUGUGCAAUUGUCAGAACUAUAUUUUAGUGAAGUUUGUACAUUUGGGUGUGAGUUAAUUUAUUAAAUGAUCACUAAAUUUUGUUAUAAGUUAUUAUUUGCUCACCGAAAUUUAAAAUAUAACUCUUUACUCAUUGAAUUUUACUAUAAGUUACUACUUGCUUGCUGAAAUUUAAAAAGUUAUUUAUUGCUUAUCUAAAUUUAAAUGAGGUUACCCAUUAAUCAUUCAUAUUAUUUUCAUGAGUGUUACUUAUUGCAAAGUUUAAUGAGCAAAGAGUAAUUUUAUUUAAAUCUAGGUGAGCAAUGAGUAGCUUUGUGAAAUACGAUGAGUAAAUAGUAACCUAUAGCAAAGUUUAGUGAGUAACGAGUAACUUUUUAAAGAUUGUUGAGUAGGUAGUAAUCUAUAAUGAAGUUUGGUGAUCAUUCAUUAAAUUAACUCUCUGGAUGUCUUUCUGUAACAUGAAAUGAUUAUAAGAUUUGGGGGCAGACUUUAUUCAUUGGGAAACCCUAUUUUCUGUUGAAUUGAAUUGAAGCCAGCUUAAAAUA